AUGAAAUUGGAAAAUGAAUUGGAGUCCAGUGACAGUUCUUUGCAUGGAAAACGAUCAAAUGAAGAAAGUAAAGCAAUUCAUUUUAUAAGAUCACAUUUGGGCAUCAUGCGAUUUGGCAAACGUAUACGUUUUGAUAAGCGAAUUGAUCUGGAUGAUACAAUGCAUCAAAAUGAUAAAAAUAGUGACACUGAACACAGUAAUGAUUACAAUGAUCCUUACGGUAAAACAUCCUCUUUUGAUUAUCAAUUAACUUUUUGA